AUGAUCAAAGCUAGACCACCAGUGGGACAAAUGUCUUCAGUGGUUGCACCUGCUAAAGAAACCAAUGCAAUGGGACCUAAAGAAGUUGAACUUAUACUUGUAAAGGAACAAAAUGGAGUCCAGUUCACUAACUCUACACUGGUUAAUCCAUCCCAGACCAAUACUGAAAAUGAAGAGAGAGAAACCUGGAGUAAGAAGAUUGAUUUUCUUCUCUCAGUUAUUGGAUUUGCAGUGGAUUUAGCUAAUGUUUGGAGGUUUCCAUACCUGUGUUACAAAAAUGGAGGAGGUGCUUUCUUGGUACCAUAUUUAUUUUUCAUGAUUAUUGCUGGUAUGCCUCUUUUCUAUAUGGAGUUGGCUCUUGGACAGUUUAAUCGAGAGGGAGCUGCAGGAGUGUGGAAGAUAUGCCCUAUUUUCAAAGGAGUUGGCUUUACAGUCAUUCUGAUAUCAUUAUAUGUGGGAUUUUUUUACAAUGUAAUCAUUGCUUGGGCUUUGUAUUACCUGUUCUCAUCAUUUACAUCGGAGCUUCCGUGGAUUCAUUGCAACAAUUCAUGGAAUAGUCCCAACUGUUCUGAGACAAGAUAUGAUUUCAAUGGCUCGGGAUACUCUUCUUUCAAUGACACUUUCAAGGUCACUCCAGCUGCGGAAUACUUUGAACGAGGUGUUCUGCAUCUUCAUGAAAGCCAAGGAAUCCAUGAUUUAGGACUUCCACGCUGGAAACUGACAUCCUGUCUUUUUAUUGUGAUUAUAUUCCUUUAUUUCAGUUUAUGGAAAGGUGUGAAAACUUCUGGGAAGGUAGUGUGGAUUACGGCCACAAUGCCUUAUGUUGUCCUGAUUGCAUUGCUGCUUCGUGGUAUCACACUCCCGGGAGCCAUUGAUGGCAUCAAAGCAUACUUAAGUGUUGAUUUUCUCCGUCUUUGUGAGGCAUCGGUUUGGAUUGAUGCUGCCACUCAGAUCUGCUUCUCACUCGGUGUUGGGUUUGGUGUGCUAAUUGCUUUCUCCAGUUACAAUAAGUUUACAAACAACUGCUAUAGAGAUGCAAUUAUUACAACCUCAAUCAAUUCCCUGACAAGCUUUUUUUCUGGAUUUGUCAUCUUCUCCUUCCUUGGAUACAUGUCUCAAAAGCAUAAUGUGCCUAUUGGUGAUGUUGCCAAGGAUGGGCCUGGGCUGAUAUUUAUCAUUUAUCCAGAGGCUAUUGCUACACUUCCACUUUCUUCAGUGUGGGCUGUUAUCUUCUUUAUCAUGCUCCUCACCCUGGGAAUUGACAGUGCAAUGGGGGGAAUGGAGUCGGUAAUCACUGGCCUGAUCGAUGAAUUUAAGUUUCUGCAUAGACAUCGGGAGCUCUUUACACUCUUCAUUGUGCUGUGUACUUUCUUCAUAUCUCUCUCCUGUGUAACCAACGGUGGAAUAUAUGUUUUUACACUACUUGACCAUUUUGCUGCAGGGACAUCUAUUCUUUUUGGGGUGCUCUUUGAAGCUAUCGGAAUUGCAUGGUUUUAUGGUGUCGGUCGUUUCAGUGAUGACAUAGAGGAGAUGAUUGGUAAACGACCAGGAUUAUACUGGAGACUUUGCUGGAAGUUUGUCAGCCCUUGUUUUCUUCUAUUUGUGGUUGUUGUCAGCAUUAUUACGUAUAGAUCUCCGAAAUAUGGAAACUACACAUUCCCGGAAUGGGCAAAUGUUAUUGGCUGGUUAAUUGCCCUAUCAUCCAUGGCCUUGGUACCCAUUUAUGCCAUAUAUAAAUUUUGUAUAAUUCCUGGAUCCUUUAAAAAGAAAAUUGCAUAUGCAAUAACCCCUGAAAAAGAUUAUGAGCUGAUAGAAAGUGGAGAAGUACGCCAAUUUACUCUUCAUCAUUGGCUUAGUGUAUAA